AUGGAACAGAGCCAAUAUUCAGACGCGAGCUCAUACACACAUAGCCUCAACUGUAAUCCUGGUCCUUUCUGUCACUGCAACAAAGCCACCAUGAUGUCGAAAUCAUGGACAAACGAAAAUCCUGGGAGAAGAUUUUUCAGGUGUGAUGUUCAUGGCUUCUCCAGUUGGGCAGACAAAGAAAAUCCUCAUGGCUGGCAGAAGGUUAGUUUAAUUGAAGCUAGAGAUGAAAUCGGGUCCCUAAAGGAAGAACUUACGAACCUUAGAGCAAAUAUUCCAAAACGAUGA